AUGGCUGCCAAGAUAUUUGCCCUCCUUGCACUCCUUGCUCUUUCGAUCAGCGCUACAACUGCGUUCAUCAUUCCGCAGUGCUCACCAGUUACUUCUGCGGGCUAUGAACACCCAGUUCUGCGGGCCUAUAGGCUACAACCUGUACUCGCGGCGAGCAUCUUACAACAACCAAUUGCCCAAUUGCAACAGCAAUCCUCGGCUCACCUACUAGUACAGACCAUCGUAGCGCAACUACAACAGCAGCAGUUCCUGCCAACGCUUAGUCAACUAGCUGUGGCAAACCCUACCGCCUACUUGCAGCUACAACAGCUGCUUCCUACAAACCCACUGGCUGCGGCGAAUGGCAUUGAAUACCUGCAACAACAACAGUUACAACAGUUCCUGCCAGCGCUCAGGCAACUAGCCGUGGCGAACCCUGCCGCCUACUUGCAACAGCAAUAG